AGAGUAGAGUGAAUACGUCAAAACCAAAACUGAAUGUACCUACCUACCUUGCUGCAUUCGUUUGUGAGCGAGUUCGCUUGUAUUUGUUUCAUAUCUCCACACAAAAUCCAAAUAAUGGCUAACAUAGCCUCUAAACGCGUCGAGAGGGAAAUUAAAGAAGUUAUGAAAAGUGAAGAGUUGGCGAACGGCUCAAUAAAGAUUGAAUUAGCAAACAAUACUUGGACGGAGCUAAAAGGCGAGAUCAGCGGUCCUCCAGAUACGCCCUACGAGGGGGGCACGUUCUUACUAGAAAUUAAAGUACCAGAGACUUACCCGUUUAAUCCUCCUAAGAUACGUUUCGUCACCAAGAUCUGGCAUCCGAACGUGUCCUCUGUGACCGGUGCAAUCUGCCUAGACAUUCUCAAAGACCAAUGGGCUGCCGCUCUCACUCUCCGCACAGUACUCCUCUCCAUACAAGCUCUUCUGUCGGCUGCGGAGCCUAACGACCCACAGGACGCCGUCGUAGCCAAGCAGUAUUUAGGAAAUCCCCAACUCUUCCAGAUGACGGCACGGCAUUGGACCAACAUCUACGCCGGUGGCCCCACAGUUAUUAGCGAAUUCGAUCACAAAGUCCGCAUGUUGACCGACAUGGGAGUCGAGGAACAAUCCGCAAGAGUCGCCCUAUCAGCCUACGCCUGGGAUGUCGAGAGGGCCACCGAGGAACUGUUUAGUUAGUGUAGCUUUUAUACUAAUGCUCUGCGCUAUAACGCGCUAAGAUAACAUUACUCUUUGUGAUCCCGUUUUCGCCCUAUAUGUAAUAUAUUAAAUAUUAAAUAUACAUUAAUAUACCGUCAAGUAGCAAGAAAGAAUAAGUCAAUAGAGUUUUAGUUUUUACAGUGAAUAAAUUUUGUUGUUAUGAAAUUAAUUUCAGAAGUCAUUUACAUGCGUCGAUCAUCUCUUGGAAAUUUAGAUUGUUUUCUUUGUGAAAUUUAUUUUUAUUAUAUUAAGAUAUUGUACAUGUGCCGCCGCUGUGAUCUAUCUGUCCAUAUUCCGGGAAUGUGUGGAUAUGUUUUAGAUUACUGGAUAGAUUUAGGUAAAGAUAAUUGUUAUAUCAGUUGAACAUAUGAAAUGGCGCGGACGCGGUGUCAAUACGAUAAUUGACGUUAAAAGGUUUACCUUAGUGGAGGUACAUAUUUUUAUACGGUCUAAUACAUCCAUUGUCCUUCCAGCAGAUCGUGAGGAACUGUGAGCGUGGAUGGAGAAGUUCGAUAUUAUUUUUCGUCAUUUACACACUAUUUAUUCUUGAAGUUACAAGUAAGUUUUACGUUUUUGAAAUAAGAAACUUUACCUUCAAAGUUGUCACGUUAGUUGGUCAGUUAUAAAAUAACAGCCCCAUCAUUUAUUAUGUGAACAAAUUGUGCAGUAGCAGUCAAUAAAAUUGUUUAUAUUUAUUUUCGUUGGUACUUAAAGUGCAUCAUGUUGUCUGCUCAGUAAAUAUAUUUUGUUAACAAUUUGGUUUAAUUACUUACGGCCUUAAACACUAUUUUUCCAUGGUAGUCGUUUUUUACCCUGAAAGUAAAUAUGUCUUUGUUUUUCCUGACUUGUAAAGUUUUAUAUUUAUAAUAUUCAACUUGCCCAACCAAGUAGAGAAUAAAAUAAAUAUUUGUAUACCUAGUAAUAAACCAUGGCAAACAUUGAACUUCUUUAGGAGUUACAUUUUGUUGAUUGUAGAAUAAAACCAUCUAGAACAAUAAAAAAAUAAAGUAAAUAGGUUUAAAUGAAGUUAAACAUAUAGCAUAUUCGCAUCUUGAAUGCAUCUACCUACUAUAUCUAUAUAAUAGAAGAGUACAUAAGUCUUACACCCGCUUCUUGUCAAAAUCAAUCUUGUUACUUUAAAAUGGGAGAUUAUAAACGAAAUAGCAAUAUUACUAAGACUGAAUAACAUCAUUUAAAGGGAUCAUAUAGUGUAACGCCAGCAAUAAUAGUAUAAAAUAGUUAAAAUUAUUAAUAGUACUUACAUAGUAGCGGAAAAUUGGAUAUUGUAUCUUACUGUGUGUAGUUAUUAUUUAAGUAGUUUAUUUUGUGCUAACGAAAGUUUAGUCAAUUUCUAGUUUACAAGCUUCAGUAAUACAGCCAAUAUAAAACCAUUAAAGAGUGAAACCUUGGUUUGGUGGGUACAUUUAGAGGCUGGAUUAAUCUGAUUCUCUGUAAAUAGGCUAAAGUUUCAUUUCUUCACCAUUCACGUUCCGAUCUACGUUCAUUUGUUAAUUUUUCGUUAUUUUUCCUCUUAUCUAAAUAUGAAUUAACCUUUAAUAAUCUUUAAAGAAAUGGAAAAAUACCUUCGGUGUCUAUCCAAUAUAAACGGGAAAUUGAAUGAAAUUUGUUGAUAGUAGGAACAAACCGCACAUAUUGCAUGAUGAAAGUUUAGUCAACUAUGUAAAUCUGUGAUCGCCAAAUUGGUAUCUUUAAAGGAAUUAAUAUAUUUGGGUUUUAAAGGAUUCAUCAAACUAUUUUGUGAUAUAAAUGUAAUAGGAGAGGCUUAAAUAAAUAUAAAAUGCGUGAGUGUUAUAAAUGAAGUAAAUAUUUAACUUUAUUUCUCCAAUAAUAAUUUAUGAUUAUCUUCUGUAUUAAUUUAACAAUUCGGUGAAAGCGGACUGUAGGUGUUUUCUGUACUUAGUUUUUAUCAUAGAAAUACAAUUUUACCUUCUAUGAGUUUCCCUGUUCAGGUUUUAAACCAUUAAGAGCUCUGAAAUUCGUUCACUAUAAACAUUUGUAUAAUAAAGAGACAUUAAGACGGAGAUAUCCACUGAGAUACUUUAAAAUUCGAAGUGGCUAAUGGAUCACACUAUGUGUUACUAGAGAAUUGUAUAAUUUAUGAAUAAUUUAAAGAAAUUUAAAUCCAAAAAAGUAUUUUUAGUUUUCUCUUGAAACACAUAGUAAAAUUGUGUCGUUACAAGGUAAAUUAUAGUUUUCUUGGUAAUUAAAUUAAUAAUAUGUGGCAUUGGCUGUUAUAACUUGAUUGUAACACUAUUUCAACAAAAUACUUCUUAUUUUACAUUCAGCUACCAAACCUUUAAAAGGAUGUCUUAACCGGGUUCUAAAUUUUCAUUUGUUACAUUUUUUUACUUUUGUUAUCGAAACAUACAUAAUAUAUAUAUACAUAUAUAAAUAUAUCAUCAAUCGUAGAGUUAAAAUUAAAACAAUUAUCGAACUUUUCCAUCCAGUUACAAAUUUAGUACUUACAAUCAAAAGGUGAAACAGAAAAGAAUACAACAUUAAAACAUACCUACAGUUAUCGAAAUAUUUUUGUUCUAAAUAUAAAAAUAAAUUGCUGUAAAUUUUAAGAAAAAUAUGUUGAGUAUGUUUUAAUGAACACUUAAUCUGUUUGGUUAAGAAAAGCUUUCGUCACGAUUUUUUAUAAAAUUAAAAGAGCGCUUUUACAAAAAUCGUCUGUAUGCAUUGUUUGAUAACACGUAUAUAAAUAAAUUCAGAGUUUUUCUAUAGAAAAAAAUAUUUCGAUAUCAACAAUUCGAUUAACGUUGCUUUGAUAAUUAGAAGAAAUUUGUGUAACAAUAUUAAAUUCAAAUGAUGUAGAGUAAGACACUAUAUUUAGGAAAUGAAACAAAGCUCUGUUCACUUCAUCAAGAAUGAGUAAGAUAGUUUUGUAUAUAAAAGCUAAAUAUUAGUAAAUUGUUCUGAUUUGUUGCUAUGUCGGGAAGUUUAUAGGUAUGGUAAGGAAUAGGGAAAAUAUAGUAGAAGUAACUCAGUGAAAAAUUAAAUUUUUUGUCAAAAAUUAAAUAAAUAAUAUACUAGAUAUUUUUAAAUAUAUGAAAAAACAAUGCGAAAGGACGGUUUUUGUGUGUCAUCUUGCUGAUUGAUAAUCAUUUAAGAUAAUUUUAGUGGGCGAAAAAAUUAUCAUUAUCGAACAAGUAGGAUUGGGCAGGAAAUAUUCAUAUUGAUUUCGAAGUAAGAGUAAAAAAAAAAUUUAAAAAAAAUUAUAAUUUAAUAGUGAUUCUUAUUAACAGCAGACUACUUGACGACCUGAUAGAAUC